AUGCGCGCCCUCUCCUCGCCGCUCCCCUACCUGAUCACCUCUUCGCCUCCCCUCAUGCCGGCCUUGACCGUCGAGCCUGCUGCGCUUGAUGUGCUGCCCCUCCUUGGAGACUCUGACGAUGUCAAAAAUGCUGUUGUAACCGAGCCAGAGAUUCUUCCCAAUCGAUUUGAGGAGAUGUUACCACGCGAGUUGCAACUUCAAUGCAUUAAGGCUCUUAUUCUCAUCUGCGAUGAGGAUCACGUCCGCGACAUCAGAGACGGCCGAUGGACCGUCUUUCGUGCCUGCCAAGAACGGUGGGUUGGCUCUGUGAAGGGGUACAGGGAGAUCAUAAAGCUCUCUCGGGUAUCACAUGCGUGGCGUUCCCUUGCAUUUGACGGUCAACUGUGGUCAGCACUCGAUCUUGCACCUUACUCUCACAUCACGAAGGCCGGCGCUUACAGUCUUAUUUCGGCCGCCUCACCGUUCAUUAAACACGCAUCAAUAUUGGGCUUACCCCGCCUUUUCCCCAUUCUUGCUAGAAGCCUGACUGCACCAUACGCCCCCGGAACCCAGCUUCGUUCUCUGAAUUUGCGCGGCUGUCGUCACAUCAAGACCGGUCCACUCCACCUCCUUAUAUCGACAUCUCCCAUGCUCGAGAGCGUGAACUUCUGUGCUUCGGCUGCAGUUACCAACUUCACGACGACCCUGCUGGCUGCACAUUGCCCGGAACUCAAGGUCGUUAACGUGAACCGUUGUCCGUAUCUCAGCGGCUCCGGCAUAAUUGCACUCGGGUCUACUGCGGCUGGUCCGUUGGUAGGGUGCAAGCCGCCGAGGCGUUCAAAGAUUCGAGAACUGCGCAUUGCAGGGCUCAGAUACGCUAAUGUGGAUGUCCUAAGGUCUGUUGGCGAACACAUGCCCGAUCUGGAGGUCCUCGAUAUGAGCGGCAGCAGGCUCCUCGGGGACAGCGCCAUAGAGGCGCUGGUUACCUGCACAAAGGACAGCGACUGUUCCAAAGUGGCAUUGACAUCUCGAGAAGCCGGACACGACCCAGCAGAGAUGGCGAUUCAUUAUCGCCGUCUGACGAAGCUCCGCCAUUUGAACCUGUCCAGCUGUCCGGAGAUCACCGAUCGCGCAUGCUCCCAUCUUGCCCACGCUGUGCCGAACCUUGAAUUCCUGGAGCUGGCCGAUCUAGGCGGCGCGAUGAAGGACGAUGGCCUCGUCCAUCUGCUCGAGACUGCGCCGCAUAUACGUAAACUCGACCUGGACGAUGCCAUGGACAUCACCGAUAGCGUGCUGGACGCCCUUACUCCACCACCACCGGAUGGUCAUUCGUCACGUUCCAGUCUUCAACCAACACCAGGGGAGAAGCUCGAGCACAUCAUACUUUCUUACGCCACCAACCUUACUAAUGAAGGUGUUCUCCGUUUCAUUCGUGGUUGCCCCAAGCUUCGCAUUCUGGAGGUCGAUAAUACCCGUGUAUCCGAUAGCGUGCUUCGCGAGUUCGUUCGCAUAGUGCGCAAGCGGAAGACUGCUGGCGCGGAGAUGGUCGCUGUCGAUUGUCGCAGUGUUGGGAAGGCAGUGGUAUCCGAGCUUGCACAGCAAACUCGACCUCGACGAGGUUGGAAGGCGUGGGAAGCUCAGGCGAUGAAUUACGACGACGGUUCCCCUCAUAAUGAAGCACCCGGCCCGGGGCCAAGUUUGACUCCUGCCCAAGACGAAUGUGAUGAGACAAAGGUUGUCUUGAAGAGCUUCUGGAGUUGGCAAGCAGUUGAUACUGCAGCUGCUCUCCGUGAACGUAGAAAGCGGAUCGCUGGCAACCGCAGAUAUACGGAAGGCGACCUGCAACUUGCUCAUAUUGCUGGUCGUGGGAGACCUAAUCCUGACCUUGUCCGACAAGAACGACUGGAGGGUGAUGGCGCAGACGGAUCCCCUACACAAACGGGCGAAAGCAGACGCCGAAGCAGAUGGGUCAUUCGUUGGAGCGGAGGCCGCGGCGGUACAGGCGGCAGCAUGUACGUUGGAACAGAACCUGCUGUUACAGCAGACAACAUCGGCGACGAGCGCAGUUGUGUGAUUAUGUGA